AUGGCAGACACGGACCUGUUUAUGGAAUGUGAAGAGGAGGAACUUGAACCCUGGCAGAAGAUCAGCGAUGUGAUUGAGGAUUCCGUGGUGGAAGAUUACAACGCGGUUGACAAAACGGCUACAGUGUCUGUUGGCGUGCAGCCAGUGGCCAGCCCAGUGCCGAUCGCUGCCCACGCGUCCAUCGGCAGUGGCCUCCCCACCACGCCCGUUAGCAGCAGCGGCACCUCCAGCAGUGACAGCACGAAGAAGACGCUGGUGACUCUCUUUGCAAACAAUAGCACUGGCACGCCUCUGGUUCAGCAAGGGGGCCAGCCCCUCCUCCUGGCUCAGAACCCCACCUCCGGGCUAAGCACGGUGGUGACCCAGCCUGUUCUCCGGCCUGUCCAGGUCAUGCAGAAUGCAAACCACGUGACCAACUCUCCAGUGACCAGCCAGCCCAUCUUCAUCACGACUCAGGGUUUCCCGGUGCGCAACGUCCGCCCUGUGCAAAACACGAUGAACCAGGUGGGGAUUGUCCUGAACGUGCAGCAGGGCCAGACCGUCCGGCCGAUUACGCUCGUCCCAGCCCCAGGCACCCAGUUUGUGAAGCCCACCGUCGGCGUCCCUCAGGUUUUCUCCCAAAUGGCCCAGGUGAGACCCGCUCCAAGCAUGCCGGUCCGGCCGGCCUCCAACACCUUCACGACGGUCAUUCCAGCCACCCUGACCAUCCGGAACACGGUCCCACAGUCCCAAGCGCAACCGCAGAUGAGCAUUGCGAGUUUUGUCGCGGUGAAGAAACCCGGCGUGGCGGGAGGGGAGAACAGCAACGAGGUGGCCAAGUUGGUGAACACCCUGAACACCGUCCCUUCGCUCGCUCAGAGCUCGGGCCCCCUCGUGGUGCCCAACAACAGCCAGGCCCACGGUUCCCACAGGACGGGCAUCUCCGAGCCCUCCUCCCAGAAAGUCAGUUCCUCGCCGAUCCCGGUGUUUGACCUGCAGGACGGUGGGCGGAAAUCCUGUCCUCGCUGCAAUGCCCAGUUUAGAGUCACUGAAGCUUUAAGAGGCCACAUGUGUUACUGCUGCCCCGAAAUGGUGGAAUUCCUGAAGAAAGGGAAACCCCUGGAGCCCGAACCAAAUAUCCAAGCCCCCAAGCCCCCUUCCCCGGAUAAAACCGUUGCGGUGGCUUCGCCCCCCUCCUCCACCCCCAUCCCCGCCCUGUCGCCGCCCGCCAAACUCUCUGAGCCGAGCGACGGCGCCAGCGAGGGGGUGCAGAGCAAGCUGAUCAUGCUGGUCGAUGACUUCUACUACGGCAGGGAUGGGGGCAAAGUGAGCCAGCUGCUGGCCUUCCCCAAGGUGCCAACCUCCUUCCGGUGCCCGCACUGCACCAAGAGGCUCAAGAAUAACAUACGGUUCAUGAAUCACAUGAAGCACCACGUCGAGCUGGACCAGCAGAACGGAGAGGUGGACGUCCACACCAUCUGCCAGCACUGCUACCGACAGUUCACCACGCCCUUCCAGCUCCAGUGUCACUUGGAAAACGUCCACAGUCCGUACGAGUCCACCACCAAGUGCAAGAUCUGCGAAUGGGCUUUUGAGAGCGAGCCCAUGUUCUUGCAGCACAUGAAGGACACCCACAAGCCCGGGGAGAUGCCCUACGUCUGCCAGGUUUGCCAGUACCGUUCGUCGCUCUACUCCGAAGUGGACACCCAUUUCCGGAUGGUGCAUGAGGACACCCGCCACCUCCUCUGCCCCUAUUGCCUCAAGGUCUUCAAAAACGGCACGGCGUUUCAGCAGCAUUUCAUGAGGCACCAGAAAAAGAGCGUCUAUCACUGCAACAAGUGCCGCCUGCAGUUCCUCUUUGCCAAGGACAAGAUCGAGCAUAAGCUACAGCAUCACAAAACGUUCCGUAAGCCCAAGCAGCUGGAAGGGCUGAAGCCGGGCACCAAGGUGACCAUCAGGGCCUCCCGAGGUCAGCCGCGGACGUUGCCCCUCUGCGCAAACGACGUGCCCCCGGGCCUCCUCCAGGAUGCCGCCUUGCUCUCGGCCUCUUCAGACCCCCAGCCGAACUUCCCCUACCCGCCCUUCCAGAGGAGCAUCCAGAAGAAGGCCGUCAGGAAAAUGAGCGUCCUGGGCAGGCAGACCUGCCUGGAGUGCAGUUUCGAAAUCCCGGACUUCCCCAACCACUUCCCCACCUACGUCCACUGCUCGCUCUGCCGUUACAGCACCUGCUGCUCUCGCGCCUACGCCAACCACAUGAUCAACAACCACGUCCCUCGCAAAAGUCCGAAAUACUUGGCCUUGUUCAAAAACUACACAGCUUGUGGGGUCCGGUUGGCGUGCUCCGCUUGCCUCUUCGCCACGUCGGAAGGCGACGCCAUGGCCAAGCACCUGGUCUUCAACCCGUCUCACGAAUUCAGCAACGUCAUUCUGCGAGGUCCUGCUUGGAGUUCCCAUCCAAGGCCUGCCCAGCCUUUCGAACGAGGCACCAAGCCUUCCGCCUCCCCCUCCCCGCCCAGCAAAGCCAUCACUGUGAACGCACCGUCUCCACCGCCCGAGGAGGAAAAGCCCCAGGAAGUGUUGGGUGCGGUGCCCGAGCCGAUGCCGGAGGCCAGCCAAUCUCCUGCCGCCGCCGCCGUCCCAGUCCAGGAGAACGAGGCCUCAAACGUCUUGACAGUGGACCGCCGCGAAGAGGAGCCCGAGCCCAAGGAGGCUCCUGAGCCCAUCAGCAGGAAAGAGCAGCUCUCCGUGAAGAAGCUGCGGGUGGUUCUCUUCGCCCUGUGCUGCAACACCGAGCAGGCGGCGGAGCACUUUAAGAACCCGCCCCGGCGGAUCUGCCGCUGGCUGAGGCGCUUCCAGGCUUUCCAGGAGGAGAACGUGGCUUCCCUGUCGGAGGGCAAGUACCUGAGCCUGGAGGCGGAGGAGAAGCUGGCGGAAUGGGUCCUGGCGCAGCGCGAGCAGCAGUUGCCGGUCAACGAGGAGACCCUCUUCCAGAAGGCCACCAAGAUCGGCCGGUCUCUGGAGGGCGGCUUCAAGAUCUCCUACGAGUGGGCCGUCCGGUUCAUGCUGCGGCACAACCUCAGCAUGCACAACCGCCGGGCGGUGGCUCACCCGCUCCCCAAGGACGUGGAGGGGAACGCCGGCUGCUUCGUCGAGUUCGUGCAGGGCCAGAUCCACACCCAGGACCUGCCCCUCUCCAUGAUCGCCGCCAUCGACGAGCUUUCCCUCUUCCUGGACGUGGAGGUCCUCUGCAGCGACGACCAGAAGGAGAACGCCUUGCAGAUGGUGGGCACCGGGGAGCCCUGGUGCGACGUGGUCCUGGCCAUUUUGGCCGACGGGAGCGUCCUGCCCACUGUGGUCUUCUACCGAGGCCGCCUGGAGCAGGCCGCCAACGUGCCGGAGAUGAUCCUGCUGGAGGCCAAGGAGAGCGGCUACAGCGACGACGAGGUGAUGGAGGUCUGGUCCUCCAAAGUGUGGCAGAAGCACAUCGAGCGCCAAAGCAGCAAAGGCAUGCUGGUUCUGGACUGCCACCGGACGCACCUUUCCGAAGAGGUCCUGGCCAUGCUGAGCUCGUCCAGCACCUUGCCGGCGGUGGUGCCGGCCGCUUGCAGCUCCAAAAUCCAACCUUUGGACGUUUGCAUCAAAAGAACAGUGAGAAACUUUGUGCACAAAAAGUGGAAGGAGCAGGCCAAGGAGAUGGCGGACUCCUCCUGCGACUCGGACAUCCUCCUGCAGCUCGUCCUGUGUUGGCUGGCCGAGGCCCUGGAGGUCAUCAGCGACUGCCCCGAACUGGUGCAGCAGUCGUUCCUGGUGGCCAGCGUCCUGCCUGGCCCGGACGGCACAGCCAACACGCCCAGCCGCAACGCCGACAUGCAGGAGGAGCUGAUCGCUUCGCUGGAGGAGCAGCUGAAGCUCAACAGCCAACUGCAGGACGAGGAGGGCGACCUGAACGAGGGGGGGCCGGCGGAGGAGUGCACCAGCCCCGAGAUCCUGCACCAGCUCUUUGAGGGGGAGAGCGAGACGGAGUCCUUCUACGGCUUUGAGGACGCGGAGCUGGAGCUGAUGGAAGCGUGAAGGCCGAAGGAGGGGAAGGGGGGGGGAGAAAGGAGAUUUAAUUCCACUCUCUCUUUUUAAAAACUCCUGGUUGGAAGAGGCCGUUUCUUUCUGCUUCCCUGUGGAUUUGUGGCUGUAGGAGACGCGUAGGUGAACACGCAAACUUAACAAUGGCCGUGUAUGCUGUUCGAGUCCUUUUAAAAACAACAAAAGUGUGUUUCCCCCCCUCCCCCCCUUAAAUCACUGUUGUGGCAUUUCCUGAAGAUAUAUUGUGGGUGGACUUACUAUUAUUAUUUGGUUUUCGUUUUGCAUUUUCUUUACCUCACUGUAUUAUAGUUUCUGGGUUUUUAUUUUGCUGGGGUUUGGUUUUUUGUUUUUUUUUUUAUACCGUGCAAAACAAGUUUUUAAUUCUACCACAUUAUCAAUGUGACUUUUUUUGUGUUUUUUUUUUGGAAGACAAAGAAAAGAGAUGUAGCUGAUGGAAGUUUUCUCAAUCUCGCGCUUUUUUUCUCCUUCCCUGUAACAUUUGGACCCGGAAACGUAGAUUUCUGGGUAACUUUUUUUUUGUUUUUUAGCUAUGAAUACUUUACUUUUUAACCUUUGAAAAACGUUCUAGCGCUGCCCACAAAAAUUGGAAGAUUGCUUUAUGGAAAGGAGAAGAGAACAGCAAUUUAAUGCAGGCAUUAUUGUUUAGGGGAGGUGAAGCCUCCCUCACGUUUUUGUACGAACUUGGACGUGUUCUGUGAAAGUAAAAGCAAAACUUCACUUGUAGAAAAGCCCCUCCAGAUUUCAUUGCAGUUGAUGCAAAAGCUUUUCUGUUCCACUUUUAUCCGAGUUGCUACCGAGAGACCACAGUGGCAGGUCACACCCCGGUGUGACCCCUUCUCUGGCUGCCAAUCGGAUUCUCUUCUUAACGGACCCGCCUGACAUCGCCUUUUAAAAAUUCUGCUAUUGAACCUGCUUUCGCCGGAGACAUCAAGACACUACACGUUCCCCGACUCAAGUGCUGCAACUGAACCCGACUCUGACAUGCACAAAAAUGAGGGAAAUCUCCUGUUUUAUUUUACACUGCCAGCAUAAAAAAAAAACAGACAAAAAAGGAUGUUUUUUUCUACUGUUUGCAUGUUUGAGGUUUUUUUUUAAAAAAAUUGUAACGUAUUAUGGUCUAAACAAUGAAAAAACAUUUUGACACAUAGCAGAAACAAGCCACCACCUACUCUCUCAGCCUGUACAUCUUUUUCUGUUUUUCCUUUUGAGGUUGAAAAAAAAACCAACCCCACUCCCAAAACCUUCCCUAAUCUUCCCCCCCCUUCCCCAACACCCCCAGGCCAAACUCAAGGGAAGCAGGAAAUAGGGUGGGCUGACCUGUAAAUGGUUCAUCUUUAAAAUGUACAUAUGUGGAACAUUUAAUAAAGCCAGGGAAAUGGAUUUAUAAA